CAUAUGCAUUUAGAAGACACGACGGCAACCAUGCCGUCAGCAAGGAGUCUCGCUCGUACCCCUCAACCCGGCCUCCCCCAGCCUAUCGAUGCGCCCACGUUAUCCUCUCCAGUUCCCAGGAACGUCGACGUUAGCCAUACAAAGUCUACACAUCAAUGGGACAUCAACGACAGCGGUCUACCAUCGGUAGUCAAGUUCGAUAAGUUCCAGUUAUGGCCAAACGGACAUGCGCGGUACGUGUACAGCCCGGAACAGGAAGACGGCCGGCGUCAUGUGAGCGGCUGGGCCAUGCGCAAUACAAACAAUCACAACUCACUUAUUCUGAAGAAAUCUUGCCUUGGCGUGCUUGUGUGUAACCUGGACUGUCUUCUAGAGAAUGGCGAGAAGGUUCAUCUCAGACCUGCUAUUUGUGACAAAGCAAGAAGAAAACAAAUGAACAAACCCUGCCCGAAUCCAUCAUGUUCUGGACGUCUGGAGUUGAUGCCAUGUCGGGGUCACUGUGGCUACCCGGUAACCCACUUCUGGCGACAUCUCAAUGGGGCCAUAUAUUUCCAGGCCAAAGGUUACCACGACCACCCCAGGCCGGAAGCCAAGUCAGUUGCAGAGAGUCGCCGCCAUAUAACCGGAAGUCGUCAGUGCAAGAGCGCAGGCGUAAGUAUUAUUGUGAGUGUAUGUCCAUAUGAAUCAAUGAAUUCAUUUGUUUCACACACUCACUUUCUUCAGGUCCCGGAUAAUGUGUACACAGAACGUAAGCGUCACGCCAGUGAACCGUCCUUGGAUAUCGCCCAGAAGAAGUUCUUCUCCUCACAAACAGAUGAUGAUGUUAUGUGUUCCUGUCCGCCAUUUGAGUGCACCUGCUCCAACUCCCGCUCAUAUAAAGGUUUCCUGCCAACAUGUGAUAUUUUCAAAGAUCCUUACCAACCAAGUGCCUCCAUUACGCAGAUCAGCAUCACUAAUGCGCAUGCGUCGACUCCUUCAUUUGAUCAUCGGCUUCAUGCUCCCGACUACAACCGGACACGAGCAUCAACCUUCCAUGGAUCGUCUUCGUUUCUAUACGACGAAGGAAAAUUCCCAUCAUACACCACAACUCAGCCAUCUUUGUCUGUUUCCUGCUCGACAAACCAAGGGAUAGGUCAGAUCCCUAACUUCAGCUCUAUGUUUGAACCAACCAGUCGUCAAAGAGAUGACUCGUUAUUCUUUAGGUCCGAUCUAUUCUCAAAGUCGUUUUAUGACGCCCCAGAAAUUGAUCAUAAGACGUCAGCUUUCAUUCCAACGCAUUCCGACCCGUCAACUGGGUACACACGUUUUGAUGAUGUCACUAAUAUGGACGCUGCUAAAGGUAACAGUGGAGGUGUGAAGUCAGAGCCUGAUCUGAGUGACCCUUUCAGCUUCUGUCCCAAGUCCCGCAUUGGAAACAUGUGCGAAGGACACAUUGACAACUCGUUCUCAAAGUACACAGACAAGUUUCCAGAUAUUCCAUCCAUCCAAUCCUCAGAAAGAUAUUUCUCUAUCUAUGGCGCCGAACAGACAAAUCAAGACCGUGCUAGCAGUGCCUUCUUCUCCACGUGUAAGGCAAGUGACUCUCACGAAGCAACCGGUUCCUCGUCUCCUCCACGACGGCUUGAAGAAUUGAAACCGGUUCAGCAAAAAUCCCACCCAAACGAAGCCCCUAAAACGGCUUUUGAUGUUCUUCAGAACAGUUUUGCCCAUUCAAACAGCAAAGACACUGAUAUUCCUUGGAUCCGGUUUCGUGAACCUCCCAGCUUUGCUUCUUCGUCAAGUUCCACACCAGGUUACGGGAACGGAAAUUACAGGCAGUUACCUAAAACUGACACGCAAAAUGCAAAUAUACAUGGAAAUGACGGAAUCUCCAGACUUCCUCGUUACCACGGCGACUAUCUUCAACACCAGAGUAACCAGUCGUAUCAGAACAUAAAGCAGCAACUAUGUAAUCAUAGCAUUAAUAUCACUCUAACCUAUAACUAGGAAACUGUACGUCAAACAAUCAAGUUGUGAUAUUGUCAAAUGUUCAGAAAUUUUAUUUAUUUACAUUUUUAAGGAUGUCCCGUCCGCACGGUCAACUAUCUUCGUCCAAUCACUGUCUAGACUGUCUAUGACUUCCCUGUCUGAUAUCUGACACGGUCUAGUCAAUUACUGAAUCCAGUUUUGACAGAUCCAACUAUACUGUCAAUUUUGGUAAAAUAUAAAUUAUGUAUAAUAGCAAAGUUAUUAAUGCAGUAUAUAACUUAUUGUCAGUCAUAUUGUCCAUGGACCCAGAUACAAGAAAAAUAAGUCUUGGCAUUGAAACUGAUCAUCAUGUCUUGAGUAUAGCAUAAAUUCAAUCUCGUGAAACCUUUUACAUAUGUACAUAUUUUUGUGUACAUUAUCGUUUCAAACAGCCAAAUAUUGUCCUUGUGAGUAUAUUCUUCUUGUGCACCAAGUGUAAUUGUUACCUAAUGUUAUGGACCGUUGUCUCAUUGAUAUUAGUGCCUUACCAAAUGAUAUUAAAGUUUUUGUUAUUUGAAAGGUGCUAUGUGAAGUCAUGAUAAUUUACUUUAUCAUCAGCCGGGCUUUGCAAUAUUGCGAGUUAUUGUGCCUUUGGAUGCUGUUGUUGUCAUGGUGUCAUGAACA